AUGCGAAGACAGAAAUGCGACAGGAAUACUCCAUGUAGUCGUUGCUUGAAGCGUGGUGAGCCAGAAAAGUGUACUAGGGAAUGGCCAGAUGGAGGUUAUGACCCCAAAAAGCAUCGAACCUAUCCUCGACCAGGCAAGCGCAAUAUACAGUCUCCAGCGACCUCUCAUGACCAUGAAGAAGAUCAUGCCAGUCCAGGUUCAAGUCCUGCCGCGGCGGGUAUGUCCACUCAGACACCUCAGCUGAGAACAAGUACCUCGAUGUCGACGCCAACAUUCACACAGGACUUUCCAGGCACCGCAUCAUCAGAGACAAACAAACUCGGUCAGUCGAAAGCGCCCGUACCAGAGAGCCGCGCCUGGGGUCGAGGUAGUCUAGCCGACUAUCAGGUUCAAUCUUUUGACCUGCUAAAGGAACCUUUCAAGAACAAUUCCCAAACACAAUAUCCAGACCAGGAGUAUUCCAAUGGCUUCGGCACUACCAAUGUGCAGCAGGUGUCGUUCCUGCAGCUGUUAUUGCCUAGAAGAGAACAAAUCUUUCAUAUAGUAGACUAUCAUAUCCAUAUAGUCCUGUGGUACCAUGCUUGCUUUCACGGUGAAACCUUCCGGAACGAACUGCAGACGCUCUACUUGCACCCAAACGGACUCCAAAUCCAAAACACAGACCUUAGAUGGUCAGCUCUUCUAUUCGCGAUCAUGUCUUCCAGCAUGGCUUGUGCUAACGAUCGUGUAGCUGCUUCAUGGGGAUUCCAGCGAUCGGAGAGGCACAAAUUAAUGCGACAAUGGUACAAAGCUUCUUUGACAUGCUUGAAUCUGGCCGACUAUAUGUGGAGGCAUCACAUCAAUUCAAUAUCUGCCAUAUGUGUUCUAACAAUGUCUGGCCACAUCCUGGGCUUCAGUAAUACCCAAUCCACUCUACACGGAGCCGGACUGAAGAUUGCACAAGGGCUAGGACUGCAAAGACUUGGAUCUGAAGUGGACGAGGUCAUAACAAACGAUCGCGAUUUGACACCAGCAAGAAGAGAGAAAAUAGUACGCAGGGAAGUCGGUCGACGUGUCUGGGGUCAACUCUGUAACCAAGACUGGUUCUCAAUACCGUUCAGCGAGAUGUAUACGAUACAGCGCUCACACUUUUCGACCUCAAGGCCUCAGCAUAUUGACGACCAUACAUUACUUCCUAUACCUGCUCACGAACCAUCGUCGACCUCUUUCGCACGAUGCCUCAACGACAUCGCAGCCAUCAUGCCACAGACGUUGGAUGCAAUCACGAACGCAAGCACAUUGUACACAAAGUAUGAGCAAGUUUUACAUUACGAUGCGAAGAUGAGGGCGCUCGGUAGUGAAGGCACUCCCUCCUUUCUGCUGGCAACAGAGCCGAUAAGAGCUGAAUGGCCUCAUUGGAUACCGUGGGCUCGUCGAAGUUUGAAACUUUGUCUCGCCCACAAGACUAUCAUGAUCCAUAGAAGCUUUCUCGGCAAGUCCCUGACCGAUGUUACGUUCGACCACACACGGAGGACUUGUAUGGAAGCAUCAAGAACAAUAGUGAGAGAAGCAAGUGUGCAAGACGAUUACAAUGGACCAAGACUGUGGAUUGACCAAGCAUUUAUGGUGGCUGCCGGCAUUACGCUCUCGCUCGAUACAUUCCACCGAAAACCAAAAGCUCCCGAGAUAAGCGAAAACCGCAAGUACGUUGAGGAAGCAAUCAAUAUGCUUAGCAAGUUCGACCACAGCAUGAUCGCUGUUCGUGGUGUGCGCCUGCUCACAUCCCUACUCGCUGAACAAGCCAGACUAUGCGCUGAGAGGUCAAUAGACAGUUACAAGAAGAGAACACGCGAUGACGAGACCAACGUGGAUCCUCAAACUCCAGGAUCAACCUUCAAUUUCAUUCAGGGUGGUGCCGAUGGCGGCAGUUUCACAAAUGCUCUCAAGCGACAAAAAUUUGAUGUGCCUAAAUUCCUCGAGAACUUCGUUGGUCAAUCCAGGCAAAAUCCAGGCUUUGAAAUGGGUCACGGUGUUGACACAGUGGUACCAGCUAGUCUCAAAGAUGAUGGAGAUAUGGUUUUAGGAAAUGGCAAGCUAGGAAAUGUUCUUAUGCAGGCACCUCCAGUGCAAGACAGGCUGCCACCUCUCAGCUCUGUGACUAGUCCUAUGAACACUAUUGACGGCGCCACGGAUACCAGUGGUCUGCCGGUCGAGUACGACUAUGAAGCUUUCGAGCAGAUAUUUCCACCUCAUGCUGAAGAUCACACAACUAGCAACAAUAUCAUCGAAGGCGAUGCAGGGGCUGUGUCCGAGAAGAUUAACAAUUCAGAUCAGCAAAUCGCUGAUGGUACCUCUCACACUAGCUCCGGCAUCUUACCAGGAUUUAUUGCAGAAGUGAAGCAGUCAGCUAUGCCUACGAGCGAAGUACCACCAAGCGUUAACAAAGUGCUAAAUCAGCUCUUUGUGGGAUCUGGGGCGUCUGUUGGCCCUACGUCUCCAUCCACUAUGUCGACACUUCUGCCACUUCCAACACAAAAGGAGACACCAGCCACAAGCCGCAUGCGCAAACAUUUCUUACCAGCUUUCAUGAAGUUAAAACAACCUUCUAUACCCGGACUCUGGACCGCUUGGGAUCCUGUCGAAGGUCCACAGAAGGAUGCUGAGAGUGGAGAUUGGCCUCAAUUCCAGCCGAACUUAAUUGAGUCAGUCUCACAGAAGGACAACAUCAGUCAAAUUAGUGAGCCAAAGUGCUUCCACAAAGCCCAAUUGGUCUCACACGGGCAACAGCACGACGAAAAUCCGGCGUCAAUCACGAACAAGACUCAGAAUAUCAGGUCAGGGAAGGACCUUGCCAUUUCUGAUCUGUUCGCUGCCAAUGACGAAGGUAACAACGAACCCUACGACCCAGCUCCGAAAUCGUCUCCGCUAGAAAGAAAUUCAGCUAGGUCACUAUUUAAAAAAUAA